AUGACUAUUUUUGUGUCCCAUUAUGUGGUUUGCAUGAAUGAAAGGAAAACGGAUAAGAAGAUGACACUGUCAAAGGAAAGGAGUACUAAGAACGAGAAUAAAAAAGCUGAUCAAAGUGGCAAAUUAUUUGAUCCACAGAAUUCUCAGUUGGAGGGAAUGGUUGCUAAAAUGAACUUUACAAAACUUAGUGAGGCAACUGAUGAUUUCAUCAUAGACAACGUCAUUGGGAUGGGAAAGGUUGGGAUGAUGUACAAAGCAGUUCUUCCAAAUGGUUCACUCCUUGCAGUUAAGAGGUUACAUGGCUGUGAAUCAUUUGAAAAACAAUUCAUAAGUGAGCUAUUGGCACUGGGUACAUUGAGACACAAUAACAUAGUUCCCCUCUUGGGAUUUUGCAGAGAAAGGAAGGAAAAGCUUCUAGUGUACCAAUAUAUAUCAAAUGGCAAUCUUUAUGAUUGGCUACACGCAAAGGAAGGCACUGAUAAGAUCUUGGCAUGGCCUUUGAGGAUUAAAAUUGCAAUCGGGAUAGCUAGUGGCUUGGCAUGGCUUCACCACGGUGGGAUUUCAGAGUAG